AUGACGUCGGAGGGGUUUCAGUACCGCGCGUUGUACGAUUAUAAGAAGGAGCGAGAGGAGGACAUCGAUCUCCACGUGGGCGACGUCCUGCUGGUGUCUAAGGCCGCGCUGCUCACUCUGGGAUGCACCAACGGAGCCGAGGAGCGACCAGCCGAGAUCGGAUGGCUGCCGGGGUUCAACGAGACCACUCAGGAGAAAGGAGAUUUCCCAGGGACAUACGUGGAGUUCGUGGGCAGGAAGCGCAUGUCUCCCCCAACCCCGAAACCGCGGCCCCCCAGACCCCCCUCUGCUGCUUCUGCUCGGGCCGACUCAGAGUCCGAAGGUUUUGUGCUUCCAGAUCUCCCCGAUCAGUUCGGUCCUCCAGAGACGGCUCCUCCGCUGCUCUGUCGACUCAUGGAGGCGGUGGAGAGCAAAGGUGUUGACAGUCCAUCUGUGUAUCGCAGCACGAGUGGGGGGACUCUGGACAUGCGACAGUUGGCAGAAACUGAUCUGGAGCAGCUGGAGCUCUCGUCUCUCUGUGAGGGGGUGGUACGCUUUCUGCAGGACCUCCCAGGGCCCGUUCUGCCCACGGCUCUGCAGGGGGACAUGAUCCAGGCUGUGCAAGAUGUGCGUGAAUUGGAGGAGUGCGCUCAGCUGCUCCGGACCAUCGCCUCCACCUCUCUGACCCCGGCCCAGUACGGACUCACCCUCCUCAGUGUGGUCCGACACCUCUCCAGGGUCUGCUUCCACAACCACCGCAACCAGCUGACCCCACGCGGCCUCGCAGAGAGCUUCAGCGCCCUGCUCUUCCGAAACAACACGGGGGCUGAGUCUGGCGUGGAUCCGAUGGUGCAGGUGUUGGAGAUUCUGAUCACCAGUGAACUCAACAUGAACCAGGCAGCUCCAGCUCUUCCUCCCAAACCAGCAAAGUCCUCCACUCCGGCUGCUUCUAGCUUCAACAACAGCAUCUCUCUGCAGGAUGCGGAGUGGUACUGGGGAGACAUCUCCAGGGAGGAGGUGAACGAGAAGCUCCGAGACACGGCCGACGGCACGUUUCUGGUUCGGGACGCCUCCACAAAGAUGCACGGAGACUACACUCUCACACUCCGAAAAGGGGGAAACAACAAACUGAUCAAGAUCUUCCAUCGCGAGGGGAAGUACGGCUUCUCGGACCCUCUGACCUUCAGCUCUGUGGUGGAGCUCAUAAACCACUACAGACACGAGUCCCUGGCCCAGUACAAUCCCAAACUGGACGUGAAGCUGCUCUACCCAGUGUCCAAGCACCAGCAGGACCAGGUGGUGAAGGAGGACAGCAUCGAAGCCGUGGGGAAAAAGCUCCACGAGUAUCACCUCCAGUACCAGGAGAAGAACCGUGAAUACGACCGGCUCUACGAGGAGUACACCAGGACCUCACAGGAGAUCCAGAUGAAGCGCACGGCCAUCGAGGCGUUCAACGAGACCAUAAAGAUCUUUGAGGAGCAGUGUCAGACGCAGGAGCGAUUCAGCAAAGAAUACAUCGAGAAGUUCAGGCGCGAGGGCAACGACAAAGAGAUCCAGAGGAUAAUGGAGAACUAUGACAAACUCAAGUCUCGUAUUUCUGAGAUCGUGGACAGUAAGCGCCAUCUAGAGGUGGAUCUGAAGAAGCAGGCUGCGGAUUACCGAGAAAUUGACAAAAAGAUGAACAGCAUCAAACCAGACCUGAUCCAGCUGAGGAAGACCCGCGACCAGUACCUGAUGUGGCUGACGCAGAAAGGGGUCAGACAGAGGAAACUGAACGAGUGGCUGGGACUGAAGAACGAAACCACAGAGGAUGAGUACAGCCUGGUGGAGGACGAGGAGGACCUGCCGCAUCACGACGAGCGUCUGUGGCGCCUGGGAAACAUAAACCGCACUCAGGCCGAGUCGCUGCUGCGCGGGAAGAGGGACGGGACGUUUCUGGUGCGAGAGAGCAGCAAACCGGGCUGCUACGCCUGCUCCGUCGUCGUGGACGGCGAGGUGAAACACUGCGUCAUCAACAAGACGAGCAGCGGCUUCGGGUUCGCGGAGCCGUACAACCUCUACUCCUCCCUCAAAGAGCUGGUCCUGCACUAUCAGCACACCUCCCUGGUGCAGCACAACGACUCGCUCAACGUCACGCUGGCCUUCCCCGUCUACAGCCAGCAGCGGCGGUGA